GCCCCGGAAACGGCUCCGCGCAGCGCCAUGGCGGCGCCCGGGCGGCGGUGGUCUACGCUGCUGUUCCGAGCGCUGCAGUCCCUGCCCGCUCGCCGGGCCCUGCAUGACACGGCUCCGCCACGGGAUGUGCUGCUCUUCGAGCACGAACGGGGCCGCUUCUUCACCCUCCUCGGGCUGUUCUGCGCUGGCCAGGGGGUCUUCUGGGCUUCCCUGGCCAUUGCCUCCUUGGCCCGUCCCCCAACCCCGGUUCGUCCAACAGACGCCGAGUCCCCAGACCGUGGCCGCUUGGACCUGCGCUCAACACUCUGGCGCUACGGCCUUGCCGUCGGCUGCGGUGCCAUCGGUUCCCUGGUACUUGGUGCUGGUCUUCUCUUUUCCCUCCGCUCUGUGCGCUCAGUGAUGCUACGGGCUGGAGGGAAGCAAGUGACCCUCACCACUCAUGCCCCCUUUGGCUGGGGUGCCCAUUUUACGGUUCCCUUAAACCAGGUAUCUUGCAUGGCCCACCGGGGAGAAGUGCCUGCCAUGCUGCCUCUGAAAGUCAAAGGCCGACGCUUCUACUUCCUCUUGGACAAAGCUGGACAUUUCCCCAACACGAAACUUUUUGACAACACUGUGGGUGCCUACCGUAGCUUGUGAAGAAGCAACUAAGGUUCAGAAUAAAAACUGAACCUUAGGGAUGGGGUGACAACCAGGGUCACACAGGGGGCCCAGAAUUCAUUAACAGCAAAUAAAAGAGCAGUCGUUCCAAGGGCAGCUACCUG